UUUGCGCACGUCAGCUGUUUAAGUGCUGUGGGUGGCGUGGCGUCGGCAGAAAUAGAGACGUGAGGUUUUCCCAUUUUGUUUUUUUAUCUCGGGAGAAUAAUUCCACGGAAGUGCUGCGAUAAGUGCGCAACGUAACGUCGUAAAUUAACAUUAACAUAACAACUUGCGGCUUUGGCUUAUUUUCAAUUCAAGCGUACACGCAGUUGCAGAUCUGUUGACGUGGCCUCUACUGCUAGAAUUUCUUCAGCUGCAGCAAAAUGUGCGGCAUAUUCGCUUACCUCAACUAUUUGACUCCAAAGACGCGCCAGGAAGUGCUCGAUUUGUUGUUGCAGGGACUGAAGCGCUUGGAAUAUCGCGGCUAUGACUCGACGGGCGUGGCCAUCGACGCGCCUGGCGAAUCACACGACAUAAUUAUGGUGAAGAGGAGCGGCAAGGUGAAGGUGCUGGAGGAUGCCAUAUUAGAGAUUUGUCAAGGUACUGGCUAUGCGGAUGCGGUGAACGUUCAUAUUGGCAUUGCGCACACACGUUGGGCCACCCAUGGCGUGCCGUCGGAGCUUAACUCGCAUCCGCAGCGCAGUGAUGAGGACAAUAGCUUUGUGGUUGUGCACAAUGGCAUUAUAACCAACUACAAGGAUGUGAAGACAUUGCUAGAGAAACGUGGCUAUGUUUUUGAAUCGGAAACGGACACGGAAGUAAUUGCGAAGCUGGUGCAUCAUUUGUGGCAGCAGCAUCCUGGUUAUACAUUUGGCGAACUAGUGGAGCAGGCGAUUCAACAGCUGGAGGGCGCCUUUGCCAUUGCCUUCAAGUCAAAGCACUUUCCUGGCGAGUGUGUCGCGUCGAGACGCGGUUCUCCGCUGCUGGUGGGAAUUAAGGCCAAAAACAAGCUGGCCACCGAUCAUGUGCCAAUUCUCUAUGCCAAGGCGCAUCGUCCGCAUGGCCAGCAGUAUCAGCUUUUGCCCUCUGCCGCCGGCGCCGACUGUAGCGCAGAAUUUCAGCCACUAGAAGACAAGGAGGUGGAAUAUUUCUUUGCUUCUGAUGCCUCCGCCGUCAUUGAGCACACAAAUCGAGUCAUCUAUCUGGAGGAUGACGAUGUGGCUGCGGUUAAGCGUGAUGGCAUAUUGAGUAUACAUCGUCUGAACAAGUCUUCCGAUGAUCCGCAUGCCCGAGAGAUUAUAACACUAAAGAUGGAGAUACAACAGAUCAUGAAGGGAAACUACGACUACUUCAUGCUAAAGGAGAUUUUCGAGCAGCCUGAGUCGGUGGUAAAUACAAUGCGUGGCCGGAUGCGCUUCGACACCCAGACCGUCGUGUUGGGCGGCAUUAAGGAAUAUAUACCGGAAAUCAAACGUUGUCGCCGUCUCAUGCUGAUUGCCUGCGGCACUUCGUAUCACAGCGCUGUGGCGACGCGUCAACUGCUGGAGGAGCUUACCGAGCUGCCCGUUAUGGUGGAGUUGGCCUCGGAUUUUCUAGAUCGCAACACACCCAUCUUUCGGGACGAUGUGUGCUUCUUCAUCUCACAGUCGGGUGAGACCGCGGACACUUUGAUGGCUCUGCGCUAUUGUAAGCAGAGGGGGGCGCUGAUUGUGGGCGUAACCAACACAGUGGGCAGCAGUAUCUGUCGCGAGUCCCACUGUGGCGUGCACAUCAAUGCUGGCCCAGAGAUUGGUGUCGCCUCCACCAAAGCCUACACAUCGCAGUUCAUUUCGCUGGUGAUGUUUGCGCUUGUCAUGUCCGAGGAUCGUUUGUCGUUGCAGCAGCGACGUCUCGAAAUCAUAAAUGGACUCUCGCAGCUCGCGGAUCACAUUAGAACUGUGCUCCAGCUGAACUCGGAGGUGCAGGAGCUAGCCAAAGAGCUCUACCAACACAAAUCCCUGCUGAUAAUGGGACGUGGCUAUAACUUUGCCACUUGCCUGGAGGGCGCCCUGAAGGUUAAGGAGCUCACCUACAUGCACAGCGAGGGCAUUCUGGCUGGCGAGCUUAAACAUGGUCCGCUGGCGCUGGUCGACGAUGAGAUGCCGGUGCUAAUGAUUGUGCAACGCGAUCCGGUAUAUACCAAGUGCAUGAAUGCCCUUCAACAAGUCACCUCCCGCAAGGGUCGGCCAAUACUUAUUUGUGAGGCGGGCGAUGCCGAGACUAUGGCCUUCUCGACCCGCUCCCUGGGAAUUCCCCGCACCGUCGACUGUUUGCAGGGCAUCCUGACUGUCAUCCCACUCCAGCUCCUCUCCUAUCAUAUUGCCGUGCUCCGUGGCUGCGAUGUGGACUGCCCACGCAAUCUGGCCAAGUCCGUUACUGUGGAAUAAACGGACGCUACUCCAUAAUAGUAAUUCCAUUUUCGUUCGCCGAAAGUAUUUACCACAUUGAAAUACACUAUACUUAUAUAUUUGUAUACCUUAAUGCUUAUACAUACUACAAACAUAUAUCCUCACCAGUUAGUUAUAAGUUUCAAACUUUUAUACUUGCACCAUUUUCGCAACACUUUCAAUGUCUUCUCUAUAUUCGUCUUUAAGCCCAAUGUUGAGCAUUCUGAGCUGCAAAGCAAACUAUUGUGGUAAACUUCUGAUGAUCGUGCAAUUAAAAAAUAAAAUUAUCAACUACUUUUUUCAAUUAUA